AUGAGCUUGGUGAUGCUUUCUGAUCUCUGUUCCAGCAUGGGAAUCUGGUCCAGAAUAUCUUCUGCACCUGUCAGCUCUGUCAUGAUAUUGCUUCUGAUGAAACAGGCCAAAGGAUCUCUGCUGGAAAAAACCACUACUGGAUGGAACAAAUAUAAACAGGAAUGCUUGAAAAUGCUGCAGGAAUCAGUUGUAGAUACUGGAAUCCAUUGCAAUGGGACAUUCGACCAGUUUGUUUGCUGGCCUUACUCACGCCCAGGAAAUGUCUCUGUUCCUUGUCCUUCCUAUCUGCCCUGGCUGGAAAACGGAAGUGCAGGAAAUGUAUACAGAGUCUGCUUGGAUGGGGGGACUUGGCAAACCAAGGAGAACUCCACAGACAUUUGGAGAGACAGUUCAGAAUGUUCUGAGAAAAAUCAUUUCCAAAAAAAUGAAGAAGACCAUAAAUUACUGACCACAUUGCAGUUGUUGUACACUAUAGGAUAUUAUUUUUCUCUCAUCUCACUUGUGUUAGCUCUUUUUAUACUUUCUUCACUCAGAAAACUCCACUGCACAAGAAACUACAUCCAUAUGAAUUUGUUUGCAUCUUUUAUCCUGCGUGCCACAGCAGUUCUGAUCAAGGACAGUGUCUACUACAACAUUUACUCCAAAAGACCAAAUGAUGAGACUGGAUGGAUAUUGUACCUCAGUCCUGAGAUUGUGGUCAUUUGCAGGACUGCCCAGUUUUUCAUGCAUUACUUUGUUGGGGCAAAUUAUUUCUGGCUGUUAGUAGAAGGGAUUUAUCUGCAUACCUUGCUGAUCACCGUUGUGCUCUCUGAGAGGCGGCUGCUCCAGACAUACGUUGUGAUAGGAUGGGUUGUUCCUAUCCUGUUUGUGGGCCCUUGGGGUAUAAUCAGAUCAAAAAUGGAGAACACAGGGUGCUGGGGAACAAAUGAACACAUGGGAAUCUGGUGGAUCAUCCGAGGACCAAUGUUGUUUUCCAUUGCAGUUAACUUUGGCAUCUUCUUAAAAAUCCUCAGAAUGCUGAUCUCCAAGCUAAGAGCUCAGCAAAUGAGCUUUCAUGAUUACAAAUACAGAUUGGCAAGAUCUACACUUGUGCUGAUUCCAUUGUUGGGGAUCCAUGAGUUUGUAUUUACCUUCAUCACUGAUGAACAGGUGGAAGGACUUUCAAGACAUAUAAGGCUUUUCAUUCAGCUGACAAUGAGCUCAUUUCAUGGCUUUUUUGUAGCAGUUUUAUAUUGCUUCGCUAAUGGAGAGGUGAAAGCAGAGCUGCAGAAGCAGUGGUCCCGCUUCCUGCUGGCAGAGCCCUUCGGCUGCAAAUUUUGCUUUCUUGGGGAAAACAUCAAAUACCUCAGGAAAUGUUCCCAGAAAAGAAAGAAGCAGCACCUCAGCACCAAGCACCACUUGCAUCUGGAGGCGAGGGAGCCCUUGGGACUGCAGCUCCAGCAGCUGCGAGCCAAGCAGAGGACAGGGCUGAGCCCAGCAGCAGGCUGUGCUCUCCCGUCUCGGCCUCGGGCGAGCAUGUCAGACAGCAGCGAAGGAGAAGUCACCACUGGGGAGACCACUGAGGAAGUCUUUGAAGAAAGUGAGAUUUAG